CUUUCACUCGCCGCGUGGUUGUGCGAAGAGGCUGUCACGGCGUGCGAGAGCCUCAGUAUCCGCCGGAGAGUCGCCGGAGAUACGCGCUGCUUCUCGAUGUUGAUGCAGCACCGCGAUCGGUACAACAUCCGAGAUUAAGGGCUCGAGCGGGAGACUUUCCGUCAAAUUACAUCUUCGUGUCCGCACCGAAAGCGACAGCGUAGAAAGAGAAAAACAGAGAGGAGAGGAGAGAUAGAGAGAGAAGGACGCAACGUGCGCGGAAAGAGACACGCGAUUAUAAGAGCGAGAGCACGCGCACUGACAGAGGAAGAAGUGUCAUUGGAAGAGUGACAGAAAUGGUGACAGUCGGCUGGCUGAGAAGCAGCCUGGUACUGCUGUGCGCACUGUUCAUCGUGGUGUCAGCGUUGUCGCCGACGGUCAGCCAAUUCGAUAUUUCCGAAUACGUUUACGGAGUGGAUCAUGACCUGCAAGCAAGAGUACGCUCGGCUAUCGAGGCGGAGAGAUUCGUUUACCAAUCGCCGGAAAACAGGAUACAGUCGACGAACGCGCCGUGCAGAGUGCGGUCAGAGAGGCCUUGUCCGCCGAGCAAGUACAGGACGCCUUCCGGCGCUUGUAAUAACGUGAGACAUCCUGCCUGGGGUGCCAGGGGCUCGCCGUUCCUCAAGUUAUUGCCGCCUGCGUAUUCAGACGGUAUCUCCAAGCCACGUGAAUCGGUGGGCAGCCACAAUCUACCCACGUCGACCGACGUGGUGUCGAGGGUUCUCAGCCAUCUGAGUAUCUUGACGCAGGAAGGUAGCCACGAGGGCCUCACCAGUCUCUCCGGUCUUUGGUCGGAUCUGGUGUUGCGGGAUAUCGCCGCCACCGCGCAUCCCGUGAACCGCAGAGGCCGAUGCUGCUCGAGCAACGCGAGAGGAUUGAGUUGGCACCCGGAGUGCUACGCGAUACGCGACGACAAGUUCGGCUGCAGCGAGUACUGGCGGUCAGUGCCGAGUCUGACGGUGCAUGGCUGCCAAUUCGAAGUCCGUGAGCAGAUGAACGGCGCUUCGGCAUACCUAGACGGAUCCGCGGUUUAUGGCGCCACUGAUGACCAUCUGCACCAGCUGCGCACGUACCAAGACGGCAAGGUCGAGCCGACCGUGUGCGACUUCUCCUCGACGAACGCGCUCGAUCUGUUACAAAGGGUUCUCUUGUGCGAGCAUAAUCGCGUGGCGGACAAGUUGGCGGCGGCGAACGUGCACUGGGACGACACAAAACUGUUCCUGGAGGUGCGCCGCAUCAUCGUCGCGCAACUGCAGCACGUCACCCUGAAUGAAUAUGUGCCGGCGGUGCUGGGAGAAGGCGCGCUGGUCGACCCGGAGCUCGCGCCGCUCGGUAACGGCUUCCACCACGGCUACUCGUCAUCUUACGAGGCUGGUACCUAUGACGCCGUGGCUCUCACAGCGUUGCACGCUCUCGCGUGGACGUGGAACGCCGAUGAGAACGACACGCAAUUCGAGAAGCAUGUAACUACCUCGGCUUCGAGGGUUGACCUCACGACCGCAAUGGACGCGGCGAUCCGGCUGGUCCACAUGGCGCGGGAUCACGGUGUACCCGGAUACGUUGAGUUCCUGACUGACUGCUUAGGAGAGAGUGUCAAGAUUCAGAAUUUCACGAAUCUGGCGCAAGUGAUGCAACCCAAAUACGCGCAACUGCUGAGCGCUAUUUAUACUCACCUGGAGGAUGUGGACCUUCUCAUGGGCGGGAUUCUGGAAACUCCCAUGAAAGGCGCCGCGGUCGGGCCCACGUUCGAAUGCCUCCUAAAGAAGCAGUUCGUGACGAUGCGAAAGUCCGACCGCUUCUGGUACGAGAACGACAUCCCGCCGUCCGGUUUGACGGCGGCGCAGCUCGCGGAGAUCAGGAAAGUGUCGCUCGCUGGGAUUCUCUGCGCGAACGCCAAGAUCCGCAAGAUCCAACCCAAAGCGUUCAUCCAGCAAGACCCGUAUCUGAACAGCAAGAUCAACUGCGAGCAAUACGAGUCGUUGGAUGUCACAGCAUGGAUCGAAGAACCGUUGCCGUUACCGAUCCUGGAUCACAAUCAAGUGAAUGUCGCGACUAUAGUGACAAAGCUCACACCUGACAUCAGCCCUGAUGUGUUGGCGGCGGCGGUGAGGAGAGCGGAGGAGGACCUGAUCGAGCGCAAGCAGCUCGAAUACAACGCUUGGCUGGAACAGAGAAUCGCCGACCCGAAAUCCCCCAUUGGCACCGCUGCCAGUUUCUCCAAAGCGAACAAGGACGCUUUGCUGCUCGCCAACUCGUCCAUCAUGUACGAGCUAGCGACUAAUGAGAUUCUCAAUGGCGUGCACGGUCUGCGACGUCGGAGACGGCAGAUCUUCGACAGUACAGAGAACGUGUUAGGCUUCCCCAGUAACGACUUCUCUGACUUGCUGCAGAACGUUGACAUCUCCGGCUUCCUGCCGCAGCAGAAGGCGACGAAUCACGAAGAGGUGCAGUGUCCAGUGGACGACUCGCCUUGCGACCCUACAUCGCCCUACCGAACUUUGUCGGGUCACUGCAACAAUCUGCGCAACCCCGCCCUCGGCAAAUCGUUGACCACUUUCGCGCGCCUGUUGCCGCCUGUUUACGAGGACGGCGUGUCCAAGCCGAGAAUGACUUCGGUGACCGGCACUGCGCUACCGAAUCCACGAGUAGUCUCCACUGUCAUCCAUCCCGACAUCUCAAACUUGCACAAUCGCUACACGCUCAUGGUGAUGCAGUUCGCGCAGUUCCUCGACCAUGAUCUCACGAUGACGCCUAUACAUAAGGGUUUCCAAGAGUCUAUACCCAGUUGCCGAUCAUGCGACUCGUCGCGCACUGUUCAUCCUGAGUGUAAUCCAUUCCCGGUGCCGCCAGGCGACCACUAUUACCCGACCGUGAACGUGUCGUCGGGCGUGCGUAUGUGCUUCCCGUCUAUGAGGUCGUUGCCGGGCCAGCAGCAUCUGGGUCCACGCGAGCAGGUGAACCAGAACACCGGCUUCUUGGACGCUUCUGUGGUCUAUGGGGAGAACUCAUGCAUUUGCAACAUCCUGCGCGGCUUCAACGGUCGUAUGAACAUCACGUCGCACCCGAUGCGCGGCAAGGACCUGUUGCCGCAGUCGUCGACGCACCCGGAGUGCAAAGCACGCUCUGGCUUCUGCUUCAUCGGCGGUGACGGGCGAGCAUCCGAGCAGCCGGCGUUGGCGGUCAUGCAUACUCUGUGGGUACGCGAACACAACCGCGUGAUGGAGGGUCUGAGGCAAGUGAAUCUCCAUUGGGAUGGCGAGAAGUUGUUCCAGCAAACCCGUCGUAUCAUCAGCGGCAUGCUGCAGCACAUCACUUACAACGAGUUCCUACCAAGAAUCCUCGGCUGGAACGCCGUAAGUCUGUACGGUUUGAAACUAUUGCCGCAAGGCUACUACAAGGAAUACUCGCCCACUUGCAACCCCAGCGUGCUCAACGAGUUCGCUACCGCGGCCUUCAGGAUCGGUCACUCGCUACUGCGGCCGCAUUUGCCGCGCAUGGACCAUAACUACCAGAACAUCGACCCGCCUAUUUUGUUGCGCGAUGGAUUCUUUAACCCGGACAUGCUCUAUCAGGAGAGCAUGAUAGACGAGAUGGUUCGCGGUCUGGUAGCUACGCCGAUGGAGACGCUGGAUCAGUUCAUCACCGGCGAGGUAACCAAUCAUCUGUUCGAACAGCGCGGUAUACCGCAUUCCGGAGUGGAUUUGAUCGCCUUGAACGUUCACCGCGCCCGAGACCACGGAUUGCCGUCGUACAAUCAUUACAGGGCGCUCUGCAACCUCAAGAGAGCCACCACGUUCGAGGAUCUCUCUAGAGAGAUGGCGCCGGAGGUGAUCGCUCGUAUGAAACGCAUAUACGCCUCCGUGGACGACAUCGAUCUAUUUCCGGGUGGCAUGAGCGAAAGACCGCUUCAAGGCGGUCUGGUCGGACCCACGUUUGCCUGCAUCAUCGCCAUCCAGUUCAGACAGUCGAGGAAGUGUGAUCGUUUCUGGUACGAGACCGACGACCCGAACAUCCGCUUCACCGAACACCAGUUGGCCGAGAUCCGCAAGACCACUCUGUCCAAAGUGAUGUGCGAGAACAUGGACCGCCACACGGAAAUGCAACGGGCGGCGUUCGACCUGCCGAGCAACUUCCUCAACCCGCGCGUACCCUGCCAUUCUAUGCCCCAUUUAGACUUCUCCGCUUGGCGGGAGACAAGACAUGGCUGUCAGAUCGGCGGAAGGAACGUCGCCGUUGGCGAGUCUGGUUUCCCCACGCCUUGUACCAGCUGCGUUUGCACCGCCGAAGGUACGCAAUGUGCCUCGCUGAGAGUCACGGACUGCAAUCAACUCCUACGAGAAGCUUCCCGGGAAGCGAUCCUGCGGGACGACGUGUGCACUGCUCAAUGCGGCUUCGUACUGGCGGCCACGGAGACCACCGCGAGGCUACAGCAGUUUACCACGCCCAGCAACAGCUUCCCCGGUUUUCCGUCGCACCGGAGCAAUCUGGGAAGCUCGCCGACGCCGACCUCGUUCAACGGCUUCAAACUGCCCGAUCUGUCGCAAUUCAUCGGCUGAAGCGCGCGGAAACGGCACGCAAGAAGACUUUGAAGCAUAAACUCGUUGCUUACCGAUAAACAAUACGCAGGAGACACACUGCCUUACUUCGAGAGACUGUACGACAAGUCCAAUCCUCAUUUAAUCAAUUAAGCAAACUUAAUUGAUCAGCUAAUUAAAUCCGUGCGCGCACGAGAACUUAGUACCACAGACGAGACAGAAGAAAUCGCACGCUUCCUGCGAGAGAUGCUUCAUCGAAAGAUAACGGAACAGUACCUGCCGGCGUGUAAAUAUAGAUGAUAAGGCGCAAGUAUAUUAAGUUUAUCGAACACGGAGAAGAAACAGAUCGCAUCACCGAAGAAAAGAACAAGAAAAGGGUAAGAUCCUCGUGCGGGAAGACGCGCGAAUUCGUACAGAAUACGGAGGAUUGUCGGUCGGUUGUUUUUUUUACUUUCUUUCUUUUUCUCUUUACGAAAAAAAAAUCAAGCGCGCUAGACGAUCGCGCGCAAGUGGUGAGAACGAAUAAAAGUAAAUUUAUCAUCUCUCUCACGCACAUACGGUAGUGAUAUAUCACGUGCGGAAACUGGAAUCGAGAAAAAGUAGAGUAUAUCGGACGGAGGAUAGAUGAUCAGCAGACAUCGCACGUGUCGGUCACAAGUAGCCGGUCAAUGCCGUGCAUUUUCUCGCGCGUUUGGGUAAUGGACGGAUGUACGAUAUCGGUUUAGGGGAAGGGGAGGGGGAGGAAAAGCGGAAAAAAGAAGAACAAGAAAUGCGAAUGAAACAUUCGUUCCAAACUCGUCUUUCUUUCUCACGUUACACCUCUACCUUAAUUUUGUAUUAUAAUAAUGACAAUGUAUAAUGUUAAUAAAUGUUAAUAUUUCUUUU